AUGGCUGACCGUCUCUCUCAAAUCUCGAACCAUCUUUCGAACGCACACGGCCGCGGUCUUCUUGCGGGAGAAGUGGCCAUUAUUACUGGUGCGGGGCAGGGUAUCGGGCGCAGUGCGGCACUUCUGUUCGCAAAGGAGGGGGCGAAAGUCGUCAUCAGCGACAUUGACGCGAAAAAGCUUGAGGUUGUCGAGGGGGAGAUCAAAGCAUUCGGAGGGGAGGUGCUUUGCGUCUCGGGUGACGUCGGCGCGGAUGAAUUUCCCAAGAGGAUCGUCGACGCGACUGUGAAGCAGUACGGGAAGAUUAAUCAUAUUGUUAACAACGCGGGCUUUACGUUCGACAAGAUGUUACAUACAACUCCGGACGAGACAUUUGACAUCAUCAUGAAAAUACACGUCCGGGCACCGUUCCGCCUCAUCCGCCAAGCCGCACCGUACUUCCGCUUGAAGCCUGAGGCCCGGGAAAACCGCUCAAUCAUCAACGUCUCAUCCACGUCCGGCCUACACGGGAACGUCGGCCAGGCCAACUACGCCGCAGCAAAGGCUGCCGUCAUUGGGCUGACAAAGACCAUUACGAAGGAAUGGGGGCCAUAUGGUGUCCGUGCCAACACGAUUGCGUUCGGGCUGAUCCACACGCGAUUGACUGCGGCCAAGGAGGGAGGCGCGACGAUGGAGAUUGACGGAAAGAAAGUCGCACUUGGCGUCCCGGGUGCAAAUCCCGAUGCACCGAAGACGAUGAUCCCUUUGCAGAGAGGCGGUACCCCCGAUGAGGCUGCGUCUGCUAUGCUUUUUUUGGCAUCUCCGUUGGCGUCGUUCGUCAGUGGACAUACCUUGGAAGUCACCGGUGGCGCUGGAAUCUGAGUGGUAUCAGACUGUCUAAAGCAAGUGUCUUCUCAAGUUGAUCGUACAAGUAUAAUACAUGUAAGCAGAUAAGUUAAAUGCUAUAAACCUAUCAGAUUCC